AAGAAGAUACCAAAGUAGUAAAUGGUCUUUGUGGUUAUCACCGAGCAAAACAAGAGGGGCGUUUAAAUGAGCAUACCCAAAAUAACGAAGAAAGCGAGCAAAAUAAUAACAAUUCUGACCUCGACGCUAUAAGGGAAACUAUAAAUCAAGCACGCAAUACUUACGAAAAUAGUAGCAGUUUAGCCAAGAUAAAUCAAGCCAUAACAGCCUUAGAGAAUGUUAAAACAAGAAAUAACGAGGAUUUUAAUAGUUGGUUAGGAGAAGAAGUGUUAGAGGGAUUAAAAAACAAAAAAUUGGCCUUGGAACUAAACCAAGAAAAUGAAAAUUCUGGAGCAGGAAAUAAUAACGGAGAAAGUCCCGAAUCUACUCCUUCUAAUAAUACCAAUUCUGCUCUCCAAACCGCAAAAAACAAUGCUAUUCGAGAAAUUACGAACGCUUUAGUUAACCAGGAACCAAAAUUGACUACUAAACAUGAUUUAUCAGAAAUUAAUCAGGAUUGA